AUGGAUGAAUUGGGUAUCAAUUUAUCAAUGACCCGUGAAACAACAAAGCAAGAUGAGGGUAAUUCAAGAAGAAAUUCUACAGGGAAAAUAUUCUCGUUAAACAGUGAAGAAAGGAUUCCUCAUUAUCUCAGAGCUUCUACUGGUUCCUGUCAUGAUCAUUGUAAAUAUGGGAAGAAACAUGAAUUGGAAGUGAAGGCAAGAUGUCCCAUAAAGUCCGUACCAAGAAGACUUCCAACAAAAUCACCUAACAGCCAAAAUUCAGUAGAGAGUGCAGUUUUUCCAGAGAGGAAAAAUACAGCAGUGAUCAAGCUCAAACAUUCACCUGAUUCGAAAACCCUUUUACCUGAUACAUGUAACAUUACCAAGCAGCAACUGUCAAAUAAUUCAAUUGACAGCCAAAAUCCUGUUGGGAGUGAGCUUCUGGCUGAUAGGAAGAAGACAUCAUUGACCAAGCUCAAAUCGUCAUCGUGUUCACAACCCCAUGUCUAUGCUGCGCCUAAAACCAUGAAGCAGGAAGUUUCAUCAUCUCCUGAUAAGCUGGAAGUCUCUUCAAAGAAGGGUUCAAUAAAACUUAAGGACAAGAGUUUGUCUGCAAAACAUGUCACUUCUUCGAAGCCAAAAUCUUUUGUAGUGAAGGAAUUGUCCUCUCCUGAUACUUCAGGAGGUUCAAGUGCCCUAAGAAGCGGUGAUUUGAAGAUAGGCCAGAGGACAGGGACCUCUCUGAAGCCAAAAUCUUUAGCUCUGAAGCAAAUGUCUUCUCCUGAAUCUUCAGGAGGUUUAAAAGGCCAAAGAAACAGUGAUGUCAAGAUAAGCAAGAGGGCAAGAACGCCCAUAGUGGCUUUGAAGAAAGUAUUGGUGCCCCCAACAGCACCAAUGUCCCCCAGACCUUCUCUCAGGAGAGUUGCAAGCUUAAAAACACAGAAGAACAAGACUGUGAAAGUUGUGUCUCCUCUAAAGAAUCAUAACAAGAUCAGAAAAGCUAAACCCAAGCAACUCAACAAUGAUGAGGUACAGGAGAAGACCUUGUAUGUCAUCAAGAUUGAAACUGAGAACAAACCUUUGGAAUCUGGAGAAGAUCAUGAGUCUGAAUAUACAAUGAGUGAAACAGAAGACUACUCUUUCUCAGAAGACAGUGAAGUUGACUAUAGAGAGAAUGCAGAGACCCUAAAGGAGGGUGACAAAGGGAAACCGAGAAAGUCUGGAAUGGUUUGUUCUGAAGAGAAGGAUGGCCAACCAUUAAAGUUUAGGAGGGGAAAGGUGGUUGACGGGAAAUUUGAGAAUGAUAGUCCAAGGAGACUCAAAUUUAGGCGGGGAAGAGUGUUGGGAGACAACCAGAAUGUCAAAGCUGAUGCACAAAGGCGAAGCUUUAAGAAGAGAGGUGCUAAUGGUGAUACACUCGCUACCGAACCUGGUGCAGAGAAGGUUGUUUUGAGACAUCAAGAUGUUCAAGGAAAGAAAGAUGAGAAAGGUUUAUUUAAUAAUGUGAUCGAAGAAACAGCGAGUAAACUUGUUGAAACCCGGAAGAGUAAGGUUAAGGCCUUAGUUGGUGCUUUUGAAACAGUGAUCUCACUCCAAGAGCGCAAACCUUCAGCAAGCUCUGUUGCUUGA